GUGGCUUUCAUCCACAUUCUGCAUUAACGUUCGGAGUUCCAGGUAUCGAUUGUGGCCUUGAACUCAUGUCAGCACAAUAGCAUUGUUCUGGUUUAAAAGCGAGCUGCAAACUGCGUUUACUUGUCUUCAACGAAUUCACUUUUCAAUAUUUCCAAACAGUAAUCUUUCAUCAUGGUCAAUAGUACCCAUGGUGCUGCUGGCGCCACUGCGCCAAAAACUCCUCCUCACGGUGUUAAUUCUGCCUCCGAACUUAAAUCUACCCCACUUGCAGUCGGCUCUGCCGCUGUCAGCGAUCACGUCAGUACUCUAGGCGUUAGGAUCCAUGAUGUCCGCCCAUGGAUCACUCGGGAUGUCGAAAAUUUCAGGAAAUGCGACGCCGACGCAAUGCUGCAGGAGCUCCUCUGUGGAUUCGAAGAGCGCCCCAGCAGUGAGAAGUCGAAGUUACUUCAAGAUUCUCUUAAAGCCGUCCUGGACAUCUGUAACAAUACUCCGGAAAUCACAGAUAACUUGACUGAAUUUGCCAAUUGCACUGUAGAGCCAAUUUCGUACCCGUCCUUUGUGCGUGCGGCCAAUGCUGCACUCCUCAAACUGAGAAGCUUGGAAGUCUCCGGACUACCCGCUCCUCCGCACGACGAGACCGACAUCCUGUUUCAUCAUAAUGACAAGGACAUGAAGCAAAUGCACCAGGACGUAAAGUCUACACGCAAGCCUGAUGUCGUUCUCGUCUCUAGGGAAGCGGCGAAGGGUGUGGCGAAGGGUGGAAAAACUAAGGGUAAGAGUAAGGGUAAGGGUAAGGAGUUUAACACGGACACGGCAGCAACCAAGCCUCAUGGCAACUUCAAUUGGAUCGAUGUUCGAUCGACCGUGGAGUUCAAACGCAGUCGCACUCUGGAUCCUCCAGUAUUGCCUUACAAAGUGACGGAAUAUGCUCCCCCUAAGCCAGGGUCCAAGUAUUUGAACCUUGGGAGUGGAACGGAGAACCCUAAGCCAACGGGUACAAGUCUUGCUCCUACCGCCGCUCCCGCUCGAAGCUCGAACAAGCCAUCGAAUGAACCACGGGGUACGCGUGCUUCAGAACGACUGAAAGCAAAGUCAGACAACAAACGUAAAUCUGAUCAGUCAGACCCCAACGAGUCCGCUUCCAAGCGCUUCAAGAAAACCAACGAGAACAACGCGGGUCAGAAGGAGCCCCCAAACGAGCCACAAAAGCUUCAUCCCAACGUCCAGAAUGGUAUGUAUGUCGCGGAGAUGUUCGCGGCCAACAUCGCGCUACAGUGCGUCAUCUCCUAUGUAGUGAACAAUGAUAUCAUCUACAUCUGGUAUUUUGAUCGAGAGGACGCCAUUCAAUGCGCUGGCAUUAACUUUAUUCAGGAUCUUCCCCGGUUCCUGGUCUUACUGCUUGCUAUGCAGCGCAUGGGGGACGAGCAAUGGGGCCAUAAUUCGAAAUUCACCCAUGUGCCUGGAGUUUCGUGCGACGUUGUCAUCGGAGAUGUCGACCUCAAAUUUGACUUGAAGUCUGACACACGCACGACUCACUUCGGUCUGCGCGGCCGCGCAACCAAUGUCUUUUCGGUCCAAAGCAAAUAUCUUUCGGACCAGAAGAAAAGAGACAUUUGUGGCAACGAUACCAAUGAACUGGUUGCCAAGCUCUAUUGGCCAGAAGAACGGCGUCAGAGCGAGGACGAGAUACUCCAGAAUGUGUACGCCAUUGCGAGCAAGGAGUCAACGGUGAAGGGACAUGUCCCGGACAUGGUCUGGUUCCACAGGUUUGACGAGACGUCCACGGCGAAAAUCAGGAGGUCGCUAGGAAUUCAAGACCCUGAUGCUGAACGGGGCAGUCGCGUUUUGUAUAUCAUCGUGUUCAGGAAGCUCGUCCCAAUCACGUCGCUGAGCGGAGACGAAUUUCUCAGCGCAUGGUGGCAAGUUGUGUUAUGUCAUUAUACCCUCUGGAUGCACAAUGUCCAUCACCGGGACGUCAGUCCUAACAAUGUUAUGGUCUACUGGUUGAACGGCCAAUGGAUCGGGGUCCUCAAUGACUACGAUUUAUCAUCGAUCAAUCACGAUGGGCCUAGCGGCAAGGAGCGCACAGGGACCGUACCAUUCAUGGCAAUUGACCUGCUCGAGGAACCUGGCCUCAAAGGCAAAGUCACACACUUGUACCGGCACGAUGCUGAAUCGUUAGUCUGGGUCCUCAUCUGGGUCUGUCUUCGGUAUGAGGAUGGCAAACUCCUGAGCGGGAAGAAACCACUCGAUGACUGGCUGAGAGUGGAUGCUAAAGGAUGCGGGGAGAAAAAAUCUGCCUUUAUAUGGAAGUUUCGGCAUGGGGACGUUGACCUCGAAGAACCCUCGCCGUCGCACCAAUCCAACUGGAAAAUUGCGGUAGUUUGCCUUUACACUAUCAUCCAUGCUCCUCGGGCGACAAUGGGCGAAAAUGAGUCUAUUCUUCAAACUUGGCUCCUGAAUAACGUAAAGUCUGUUGCUCCAGACAUUAUAGUUCGCCAUCCUGUCAAUGCGUCAUAAGCUUCAUCAUACGCUCUUAUAUCACAGGGUUAUUGAUUCAUGUGAAUACGAUCUUUGCAAUGGAAUUCUAUUGAUCAAACAAUCCAAUAACGCGUACAACUCAGUAACAACAUAUCUACGUACUUCAAACUGUUUGUACUGAGAACUACGUAGUAUAUAGCUUUAAUUAAGUUAGACGUGGUUAACGUUGCAUGCGUG